AUGAGAAAGAUCAUCCUCGCCGUCAACGCUGGCUCCUCAUCCGUCAAAGUCUCCAUUUUCGCUGCCGAGCCAGACCAAUUCCCUGUGCAGUUGGCCGAAGCCCAGGUGAGCGGCCUGACUUCCCCCCCAGCCAAGCUCAAGUACCUCCGCAAUGGCGAAGUUAUCGUCAACAAUCGAGCUGCCGAGGAAUUUUCAGAAGAAGGAGGGCACAAAAAUGUCACAGACCAAAAUUCUGCCUUCAAUCUCAUCCUCAGCGUAUUCCUCUCCGACCCUGAUCUCCCUGACCUUCCCUCCCGAGACUCCAUAUCCUUAGUCUGCCACCGCAUCGUCCACGGCGGCGACUAUGCCCGCCCGCAGCUUAUCACCGACGACACGCUGCACCACCUCGAGGACCUGGCCGACUUGGCGCCUCUGCACAAUGCUCCCGCCCUUGAGAUUGUCCGUUGGUGCAUUGACGAGCUAUCUCCUCCAGCGAAGAAUAUUGCCUGCUUCGACUCCCAAUUCCAUGCCACCAUUCCAGAGCAUAUCAGGACAUAUGCCAUCAACCCGGAGGUGGCGAGGAAGAAGGGGUUGAGAAAGUACGGCUUCCAUGGGAUCAGCUACUCGUUUAUCACAAGGGCGGUCGCAGAGUAUCUAGGGAAAGAUAGGGACAAAGUCAACAUGAUCGCUCUGCAUCUUGGAUCUGGGGCUAGUGCUUGUGCUAUCAAAGCAGGCAAAAGCUGGGACACCAGCAUGGGUUUGACCCCCUUGGCUGGGUUACCCGGUGCCACAAGAAGUGGUACAUUAGACCCUAGCCUAGUCUUCCACUACACCUCCAACGUCUCGCGCCUCUCCCACCUCUCAACCUCCCACCUACAUCUCACCCGCGCCGAGGCCAUCCUAAAUCUCGACUCCGGCUGGAAAGCACUCACAGGCACAACUGACUUCGGCACCAUUACCAAGAACCGUGACUCUAACCCUUCUAUGCGCCUGGCAUUCGACCUCUUCGCCAACCGCGUGGCAAACUAUAUCGGUUCGUACUAUGUUGCGCUGGAAGGAAAGGUCGACGCGUUGGUGUUUGCUGGAGGGAUAGGUGAACGCUCUGCUGAGUUGAGGAGGGAGAUUGUGAAGUUAGUGGGAUGUCUUGGGUUUGAGAUUGACGAGGAGAGGAAUGAGCAGAUUCGUGAGGAAGGGGUUGUCGUGUGGGAUGUGGGGAAGGAAGGGGAGAAUGAGAAGUUGAAGAGGGUAUUGGUUUGUCGGACGGAUGAGCAGUUUGAGAUGGUGAGGAUGUGUAUGGAGGAAGAGGGGGUGUGGUGA